AUGACAAAGGCGAAAAAGAAGCGUAAGAGGAACGGCGAAAAGACAUUCUGGCGGUUCGAGAACACGGAUCAUUUCAUCCAUCCAUCAUCGAAGCAAUUGAAGAAGAAGAAAGGGACGUAUGGAUUGCCCAGUCAAUGUCCUGUGAAAUCGGAUAAGAACAAAUUGAUCAAGGUUACUCAGUGGGAUUUUCCAGACACAAGCCUUUUUCGAGCGAACAUGCUUACGUGUCCACAGGAUCAAAUCAGUAUCAAAAUGGAACAGUACAGCCAGAGCGCUUUGUCGCUACUCAUGCCCUUUCGAUCCCAAUCUGAUUUUGUUCCUAUCGGGUACAGUGGUCGGAAACCCUACACGAAUAAACUCAGAGAAGUGUACAAUGAUGAUGAAACGAAACGUCAACAAGAUGACAUGCCAACCGUCUUCACCGAUGAAAACAUUAGAUUCCUUCAAAACUUACAAGACUGCGCACACAACUUCACACGGCACAAGGUGUCGAACGAUGACCUGCAAUCCGUAACGGAAGCAUAUUGUCCACCAGACUGUGUCCGAGUGCAAGAGCAAGAUGAUGAUUCAGAUGAAGAAGAAGGAUCCGACGACAUUCCUUUUCCUAGUUUCUUCAAUCAGCUCGACGAAGAUGUGACAGAUGAAGAGUUCAUGUUCCUUGAAGCCACGAUGCAGGGGUACUCGUUUGAUAGCAUCAUGCUUAAACGGAAGAAGCAAUGGAAGAUGCUGACACGGUGA